GCUCUGCAUCUACAGCUUGAUUUAAUCCAGUUUGGUGAAACAUCAGACACAUUCAGUAAGUUUUGAUCAACUCCUUGUCAUCAAAGAUGCAGAUUAAUUUCAGAGUGCCGUGAACUGACUGUGCAUCAGUCGCUGCGAGGUACAUUCAGGGACCGUCGUAAAUGUGCAAUACAGUCCUUUCAUGGCAUUUUUCUGUGAAUCAAGAGAAUCAAAAUACAGUCAGUGGCCACAUCAAGAAUGUUUUCUAAAAACAACUGUAAUUUAGCAUAUUUACUUGCCCCUGAGAUGUUAUUGGGGGACAAAAGCAAAAAAAAAAAUCGCAACUUUCACCGCAAUUUUUUUAAAAAGCUGUCGCAAAUUCAGGCUUUUUGGGCCGCAACAAUCACAAACAAAUCCCGCGAAAUCCUGGAGGGACUGCACAGCAUACGGAUGUGAGAACCCCCCUGAGCAGGACUCGUACAGGACUUGAUUUGGACGAGUUCCUGCAUCAGCUCCUAGGGGAAUUUACAAAACAUUCAAAGUAUGACUUCACUUACUUUGCAGUACUUUAGAGGUAGCAGCAAUCACCAACAAGCAUUGCAACUUCAUUAAAAUGAAUAAACUAGCCUAAUACCAGAUAGAUUUUGUAGCAUUUAAAAUGGCAUAUGACCCUGUAACAAAGUCCACAUGUUGAAACACGACAACUAUACUUUCCAUGUAUAGAGCUGAGGAAAUUAAGAAGACCUCGGUUUAUAAAAAUCCUCACGGUGAGCUGAUAGUUGUGCAACCAGAAACCGAAGUAAUUCAAAGAGAUGCCACCGACCCAUCGUACCUCACAAACUUAGCUAUUUGUUAUUACUCAAUUCUACUAAUUUUAAUUACUGUCCAAUUAACAAUGUCUCAAUAUGUGUUUGACAUUUCCUUAAAAGUGCAACCAGACCAUGAAAACCAUGAUGAAAACGCCCAUUUUUGUUGUACAUACACGAUCUUCGAAACAAAAUCGUACAAAUGCGCAUGCUCAAAAUGUGACGAAUCCCCAUGCCUCCACGUCUGAGCACGAGCGCACGGUAACCAAUCAGGAGCGGCCACAGUGUGUUUGGAAACAACAUUCCCCUCGACAAUAAAGCCCCGGAUGGCUGACAACCAGUAAAAGGACAUUUGUACAUCCGUGAAAGCUGCUGGAGUUAGUCUUUCCUGUUUAUGUCGCUUCAGUGUGACUUUUAAAGGCCCUGAAUCACGAGGACUCUUGUUUCGACUCCUGUAGUGACUUAGAAAACAAUAACCCCGUGAACGCGAGACUACAAAGAGGGGAGAGGAGUGAAAAUGGAUGUUAGGGAUUCUCAACAGAAGACGAUUACUGUUAUCGUCAAAACACCCAACCAGGCUCAGGAGGACCAGACUGUCGAAGACGUCUAUCUGAAAUGGACUGUCAGGGACCUUAAGACGCAUUUGACGACUGUCUACCCAACCAACCCGGCUGUGACUGAACAGAGACUGAUCUAUGGUGGUAAACUGCUGCCUGACCAUCUACACAUUAAAGAUCUCUUCAGACCGACUGACUCCAGCCUUACAAUCCAUCUGGUGUGUGCUUCUCGUCAUGCCAACCAAGAGUCACUGGGAGCGAGGCCAAAGACCAGACCACAACAGCAACAGCAACAACUCUCUAGUCCAAGGCCCAUGGCAGCCUCUACACCCAGUCCCAGCAGCCCCUCCACCCCAGUCCAGACUCCAAGCACAACAGAACUGAGACAGAGGAGACAGACGGCUCAAACUUCACCUGCUGCUUCAGCUCACACACAAACCCCAUUGUCAACACCAGGAAUUCCUACAUGGCCUUCUGCUGCAAUGGCCGGAGCACCACAGAUAACCCAACCAGCCUUUCCCACUUACUCCCUGUACAGCCCUCAGCAGCUUCUGUGGCUCCAGCAUGUCUAUGCUCGACAGUACUACAUGCAAUACCACGCAGCAUUGGCAGCAGCAGGCACCGUCCCGUCUGCACCAGCUACAACCAUCGGCCAGUACCCUCCUGUUCACGCCCACCAUGUACCAGUACCAGCUCCCUUAGCCAAUCAGAACCCCAUUGAUAACCUGCAAGCCAAUCAGAACCCAGUGCAGGAUGGAGCUUUUAUCAACCCGGGGGAGGCCAACCAAAACAUGCGGAUGAACGCGCAGGGUGGGCCUGUAAUGGAGGACGAAGAGGACAUAGAGCGUGACUGGCUGGACUGGUUGUACACAGCUGCAAGACUUGGUGUUCUGCUCAUGAUCGUGUACUUCAACUCCAACCUGAGUCGCUUCCUGCUGGUUAUGAGCACCCUCUUCCUCAUGUACCUACACACUGCUGGCUGGUUUCCCUUUAGAAGGCGUGUCCAAGUCCAAGAACCCAACCCCGUGCUGCCCCCUGAGGUCCAGCACAACCAGCAGAAUGAGAACAGGAAUCAGAACCCAAACCAAGAUGAUGAGCGUGCCGACAGACAACAUGAGGAGCCAGCAGCUGCAGCAGAUGGACAAGAACCAAUGACCGCAGUCUUAGUGCCUCCUCACAGGGUGUCAGCGAUGUGGACGGCCUGGGUUUUCUUCAAAACCUUCUUCUCCUCUCUUAUACCUGAGGGUCCUCAGGGUGUGGCUAAUUGAGCACCGAGGCAUUUUUUCAUUUCUUCAUUAUUUUGCUGGGGACACAAAGCUCUCUGGGUGUGAUGUUUGAAAAGAUGGUGCAAGAUACCUGAAGCGUAAACUAAAGAAUAAAAACAAGGGCAUCAGAUGGAUCCGUCUACACACUGACCUCCCAAUUGAUCAGCAAAACAAAGCUGUGCUACCCUAUUGAAUUCCAUAUUGACCGCAAACAAGGGACACAAAAGACUGAAAACAUCAAACAGCGCUAACAGUUAUAAGUUAUUCAGUUGGAUUCCAGCUCUCUAUGUAAUCCUGCAUCUUGUAAGACCAGCGCAGCUACCUGUAUGUCUCCCUAAUCAUGACACCAUAGUAGGUGGCAGCAGAGGGCUAAAUACACCUCUUAGCUGUCACUGUAAGAAAGCUGUGCCUGAAUUAUUCUUCCUGUGAAAAGGUGUUUGUGCUUUUAAGAUCCCAUACGGUCUUAAAUCAGCGCCUCUGAGCUCUUAGAGACUCUGAUCCGGAUCAAUACUCUCACACUUGUGAGGAUUAUUUGCGCCAUCUUCAGUUGAAGUGAAAAUCCUCAUACAGACCUAAGUACUGUAUCUCACUGCUGUGUGAAUCAGAUUUAUUUUCUUAUAGAUGGUUGAUCACAGCUGUACGAGUAGAAACUAUUAAGAAAGCAUUAGCUGGUUUCAAAGACUGCUUCUGUUUAAAGAAGCCUUGAAGGAUUUAAUCUCAAUAGUUUUUAGCUAUAUGAUUUUGAACAGUCUGUCUGAAUUAAUUUGUUGUGUUGUGUAACCUGUAACCUGACACCUCUCUUUUAAAAUAUCAACAAGGAUGAUUUUAGAAGCUUGAUUUUCAUUUUAUUUUCACAACCAGACCAUGACCACACUAUUUAUGUUGGUCUGUUUCAAAUCAUUUCCCCUUCAACUAAUAUGUGAUGGUUACAAUAUGAAUACAAUGUUUAUUAGUGCCAAAUUAUUGGUUACAUUUUCUUUGAAAAAGUGAUGUUGUUAUUAACACAUAGCACUUUACAACAUGUAUCUUAUGCAAGCUUGUGUAUAGGGGUUUAGGUUUAUUGUUUUCCACAUGACAUAAUUUCUACUAGAGAAAUAACACUCGUCAGGCUCAGAUUGGGGCUUGUUUGAACAUCAGGUGAAUUCCAAAAUCCCAUAAAAACAAGUCCUCUAACGAAGAGCAUUUAACACACAUGAAUGUUGGUUCAUGUAUAACGUAGGAUAUUAUCGUUGAAGUUUAGAAAAAUAACUUGGCGAUGUCACCUUUCAGCUGACGAGCAGUCGCUCUGUUUGAUGUUCUAUUUGCACCCAGGGAUCAAAUAUAAUUAAUAUUUGGGAACAGGUUCUCACGUCAUUCAGUUAACAUUCCAAAUAUGCAAAGUAAAGCGUAAUGAAGCUGCUGGACAUCAUCGCUACUGUAGUUGACAUUUUAAACAUUUUUGUGUUUAGUUUUUAAAAUUUUACAAGUGGGUUUUAUAACGUUCGUCAGUCAGCGAUGUCACUGUAAAGCUCUUCACCAAAGGGCUGUGGAGUCACUCUUCUCAAAUUCACAUCCAUCUUCUGUUCAGCCUCAACUCCUGCUGUAAAUUUAGCAUGUUCACCGGGUAAAGGAAGCAGUUUGUGACAGUGGUCACUUUGUAAAUUGUAAACUUAAAAGGUAACGCCUGUAACAUGUCUUGUCUCACUCUCUUUGUGUGAGAUUUGCUUGUUGUGCGAUGUUGUAAAAUGAAAUGUGUGUUGAAGGCGACUGGCAAUAAUGGAUGCAAUAAACAUUUUUAACUUGAA